AUGCCGCGGAAGAAGAAUAUAAUGAGAACCAGAUAUGGAAAGGUGGCAAAGAGUAGUCCGACUCAAUACUUUUGGUACAGAACAACACUGGAUAUAUCGUCGGAUAUCAAUGAACCCGAAACUUUUAACUUUAGUAUUGCUAUUUGCCUAAUGAUUGCCUGGUUAUUGUGCUAUCUCUGUAUGAUUAAAGGCAUCGCUUCAUCGGGAAAAGUUGUCUACAUCACUGCCACCUUUCCAUAUCUGGUUCUCAUUAUAUUCUUCUUCCGCGGCAUUACUCUCGACGGUAUGGAAGACGGCAUUAAACAUCUCUUUACACCAGAUGUGAGUCCUAUUGUCUAUCAGUAUAAUCAAUGGUCAAAGCUAUCGGAUCCGGUCGUGUGGUUAGAGGCGGGGACACAGAUAUUCUUCUCACUGGGACUGGGAUUUGGAGGUUUGAUAGCGUUUUCAUCGUACAAUCCGGUCCAUAAUGACUGCUACCGGGAUGCUAUAUUCGUCGCGCUAACCAAUUGCGGCACUUCUAUGUUCGCGGGGAUUGUCGUUUUCUCGGUCAUGGGUUUCAAAGCAAAUCGCAUUCAUGAACAUUGUCUUGAAGAGAGAAAUAAACUUUUAUUAGAAAAUGCUAUUUCAACUCAAUUCUCAUUAUUCAAUACGACUACAAUUCAGCCUAUUAUUCCUGAAUGUGAUCUACAAAAGGAAUUGGAUAAGGGCGCUUCGGGCACAGGCCUCGCAUUUAUAGUAUUUACUGAUGCCAUCAAUCAAUUCCCGGGUAUUUCAGCGUUUUGGUCGCUCUUAUUCUUCCUAAUGCUCUUCACUUUGGGUAAACGAAUUGACUCCCAAUUCGGUACUUUAGAGGGAGCCGUCACUUCAAUAGUAGACAUGAAACUGUUCCCGAAUCUAAGAAAGGAGAUCCUCACAGGUGCCAUAUGUUUGAUAUCAUUUUUCAUUUCCCUUAUGUUUUGUAACGGUUCUGGAAAUUAUAUUUUUACUCUUUUCGAUGACUUCGCCGGCAAUUUUCCAUUACUUAUCGUUGCGUUUUGUGAAUGUAUUGCCGUAUCAUAUGUUUACGGACUUAAAAAAUUUAGUGAUGAAAUCGAGUUAAUGACGGGUAGGAGACAAACUUUUAAUUGGAGAUAUAUAUCACCGCUAACUAUGGCAACAAUACUGAUCGCCAGUUUCAUUAAGCUUUCGGGCGGAAGUGGUUAUGACGCCUGGAAUAAAGAAACG